UCGAGCUCGAAGAGCAACUGACCAUCGUCCUCGACGAGUUACGAACGGAUCGAUCAUCAUCGCCUUGAACAUCGAGCACCAUGUCCGGUCCUCCUCCGCAAGCACAGGCUCCUCAGCCGCCGACGCCAGAAGCGUUGGCCGUCCACGACUUUUUGCGACACAAGAAGGAAUUGAAGAAUCGUACUGGUAUCCUCAAUGGGAAGAGACAUGAGUAUUUCAAGGGAAAACACGCUUUCGCACUCCUCCAAUCCCCCGCAUACCAAAAAGCACAAAAGAAGAAGGGUUCGAACCUCCCCGAAAUCAACAACCGUGAUCAAGCUGCCGAGGCACUGAGAUUGCUGCCUCUCCACCUGAUCGCACUCCGUGUCGACAAAUUCGCGGACCCGCACGCGGGCCACGGCCACGGCGCCGCAGAGAAGAAAAAGAAGCGGAAGAAGGGUGACUCAAGAACCCUCUCCAUCAUCCGCGAACAAGAAAUCUCCGAGGACCACCAUUACGCCUGGAUCCGCGAAGGCCCACAAACCAUGGCGAUCCUCGGCUCAGUCCUCCUCGUCCUCGUCAUCCUCGCCGGUGUCAUGUUCCCACUAUGGCCACCCACGAUGAGGUUGGGCGUGUGGUAUCUGUCUAUGGCGAUGUUGGGCGUGAUUGGGUUGUUUAUCGUGUUGGCGAUUGUGAGGUUGGUGUUGUUUGUUGUUACGAUGGUUGUUGCGAGUCCUGGGUUGUGGUUGUUUCCGAAUUUGUUUGAAGAUGUUGGGUUUUUUGAGUCGUUUGUGCCGGUUUGGGGAUGGGAGAAGGUAUGUCUACAGAGUCCUACGUUGGUUGGGUUGUACUAACUCUGCAAUAUAGCCAAAGAAGGUCAUGGGAAAGAAGAAGGCCGCUGUUACUCCUGGUGAGCAGAAG